GGUGAUACCUACAUUCUUCCGUCGAUAAUGGAUGCAUACUCGGGUCUACUACUUGAUGAUGCCGCAUUUUCCCGUGUUCCCGAACAAAACAAACCCGUUUUUAUAUAUGACUGGUUGCGCAGUCUAGACCGUAGGCUUUCCCAAUCGACAAAAACCGAGGUCAGAAAUGUUCAGCAGGCUCUAAUAGAUCAACUCAUGGUUCAAGUUACUCAGGGUGUGGGUCCACCAUCUCGCAAACUGCUAGGAAGAUGCUUAGCAAAAAUUUUUACUGCGGGUGACUCGAUUUCCCUUUACGCGGUGCUGAACAGCUGCAACGACGUACUCAAAGUCCGAGAUGAUAGCCCUUCGGCGAUAAACAAAAGACUAACUGCUUUGGCAUGUCUUGGUGUCAUGUAUCGAAGUCUUGGACGUCUUUGUGGUCGUUCCUUUGAAGAGACUGUUGGAAUUUUAAUCAGAAUGAUCAAGCAGGUGGAAUCGCAAACACGAUCCGAGAUUCUAACGUCGCUUAUGAAUAUUGUGACUGGUUUAGGAGCUGCUGAAACUUCGUGUUUUCGGGAUAUCUUCAAAGUUGCUAGAUCAUUUAUCAAUGAUCGUGUUCUUGCUGUCAGGCUUGCCGCUGUGCAGUGUCUCACAAGUUUGACUCGGUAUCAUUCGCAUUUCUUCACCAGCGACUUAGACGCAGUAACGAGUAUGUGCAUAAAGGGCUUGGAUGGAUCUAACCAUGCCGUCCGCAUGGAGAUCGCCAAGUUGCUCGGUUUUGUUCUAGCCAAAACUCAGUUGGACUCAGGCAUUUUAGGAACUGUUGGCAGUAUGAAUUCUGUCACUGGCAACACGUCGACCGGCGGUAUUUCAUCUAUUGCAUAUAAUCUCAUGAACGAUUUGGCUUUCGGCCUAUUUUCAACCGCUUAG